GUCGCAGCAAUGGAUCUCGACCCGCCCCCCGACGCCGACAUGCCGUCAUUCGACCUCUCCGGAUCGUCGCUCCCGGAAGCGCAGCCGAGCAUCGCAAAUCCCGUCGAAGGCUCCGGCCUGUCGCUCGACCGCCGGCCCAAGAAGUCGUCCACCACCUGCGCUGUCUGCCGCUUUCGAAAGGUGCGCUGCAACGGCCAGCGCCCGUCCUGCGGCAAUUGCCAGCGCCUCGGCUUCCCCUGUUCCUACGACGAUGCCGACGUCGACACAUGGUCCCUGUCCCUGCCGCGCCGCCGUGUCAAGCAGGCCUGCUUGAGCUGCCACAGCCGCAAGGCGCGAUGCUCCGGUCAUCUCCCCGCAUGCGAACGAUGUCGCGCCCAGGGCAUCGAGUGCGUCUACCGGCCCAACAAGCGAGUCAAGCCGUCGUCAACGGGAGCCGGCAUCGGGGGCUCAAAGAGCCCCAACAGCCCGGAUCAAGAGUCGGAUCGGGAUGGCGGCAGGGAGACCCGGGGCCAUGGAGAGAGCCGAGACCAUGAUGAAGGGCGCAACGAUAGCCCGGCAUUGACCGACCGGGUCAGCUCUGCGAGUCCAGGAGUAGACAACCAAGGACUGACGGGCCUUGGAACUUGCAGUCCGCAAAUUGAUGAAAGCUUCAGCUCCAUCGUCAGCCGCGCAUUCGACCUCUUCUUCCGCCACGUCCACCAUAUGCCCAUGUUCACCUUCCUGCACCGCGCUUCUCUAAUGGAGCAGUACCACGCCGGCAAAGUCGACAGGGCGCUUCUCCUGGCACUGGUUGGCAUCACGUCAUGCUUGACCAAUAUGGGCCCUGGCAUGCGCGAGUACGGAAACCGCUGCAUCAACGAUGCCGAGGCCCUCCUUCUUGCCGACUACAGCCGGCCCUCAAUUGUCAAGAUCCAGGCGCUCAUCUUCAUCAUCAAGCACCGUAUCCUCUGCAACAAGUUCUCCAGCGCCUUUGUCCUGCACAGCUUUGCCUCUCGGUACGCCUCUGCUUUGCGCCUCAACUACGAGGCGCCGCAUCUCCGCUUUCUGGCCCAGGAGUCUCGUCGGCGCCUCAUGUGGUCCUUGUACUGCAUCGAUACGAGUAUCUGUGGCGGGUAUCCGGACUUUGUCCUCUGGAGGGCCGACCAGAUCCACGUCUAUUUGCCAUGCAACGAGCGCAACUUCGAAUUCGACCUGCCGCAGCAGACGGAGAAGCUCGUGCCAGACUCGCAUCAGCCCCGGCCGCCGCUCGCCGAGGACAUCGGGACUCUGGCUCUUCAUGCGCGCAUCCUGCACAUCCGCCAGAAGAUUAUCGAAUUCACAAAGGUGGCUCAGUAUGACCGCGGCAUGGAAGCCGCUGAGCUACAAGGUCGCAUAUUCGCGCUCGACAAAGAGCUCAACGACUUUGCCACCAACCUCCCGACCUCGUUCCAGUUCUCGGAAAACUCGCUCCGCCUCCGCGCCUAUUCGCCGCGGUUAUGCAUCUUCGUCAUGAUCCACGUAUGGUGGCGCCAGUGCUACUGCGACCUCUACCGCCUCGCCUUGGUGAACAUCAGUGGAGGGCUGCCACAGUCCAUGCUCGACAUGUUCGACCAGAGCUUCCUCGAGCACUGUCAGAGGCAGUGUGUCGACCACUCUCUAGCACUGACUCUCAUCUUUUCGCUCAUCCAAAAGCUGGGUGCCAAGCCGGUGGCGGACAUUGACCUUGCCAUGUGCGCGUAUCAGUGCGCGCGAAUGCUCGUGUACCUCUUCCAGUUCGGCAUCUUCGACCGGUUCGGCGUCACGGCAGAGACGGUCAUGGAGCAGGCUCAGCUAUGUCUUCAGACCAUCAAGGACUGCUGCGUGGGACCCGCAGUGGACUGUAUCGUGGCCGACUUGGAGAGGCUUAUCAACCAGGACCCUAAAGCCGCAACAAGAGAAGGAAUCGUGUCCGGUGACUUGUCGCAACCAGCGGGACCGCCAAACCUCCAGAUCACAGACGGGUCAGAUGUUCUCAGCGCUCCUGCCGCGACCGGCCUGCAGCCGUUCAGCUCAUCGUCGGGCGCCAACAACACCGUCUCGCCCUUUACUCAUCCCGUCAUGACUGCUCCUUGGAUGUCGGAAGCGGGCUUUGCAUCAGGCCUGGACCAGCAAAGUCUUCCACCGGAGGUUCCUGCCAACCCUAGCAAGGGCGCAACUCCCAGUCUGUCUGCACCGCGGUCAGAGUAUGGGCAAUCGGAUCUGAAUGCGUAUGACGGCACCUUUGCAGGGCUGGGGCUGGACGAUGGAUUCGACUAUGCCAUGGGGCUGGACAUGAACAUGUGGGCGACGAACGGGGGCAGCUGGACUGCGCCUGGUUAUGGCAAUGCCUGGAUGUAAGGAGGACGAAGAGCGCAUGUCUAUUUCAUGGGUUGAAUGUAAUACUUGUAAGGGAAAAAAGCAAGGCGAAUGGAGCGGGCGGGAUGGCGCAAUCACAGGGACUGGACGAAUAGGAUUUGAUCACGAUAGAACCAACGAUACCA